AUGUCGUCUAAGGCAAACGUAAUCUUGGAGACUUUGAUUAUUGCUUUAAUCUAUUUCAGUGUAGUAGACUGUGACACAUGUCCAGCAGACAGCUUUGUAAACUCCUUAGCAGCUGACCAGUUUAGUUGUGCAAAGAAGUGGUUGCCAGUCAAGCAGCUUCAUUGGACGAAGAAGAAAAGAAUACUGGUAACCGGUGGUGCCGGUUUUGUUGGCUCUCAUUUAGUUGAUAAAUUAAUGCAAGAUGGUCAUGAGGUUAUAGCUCUUGACAAUUUUUUCACAGGAAAACGGCAUAAUAUCGAACAUUGGAUUGGACAUAGUAAUUUUGAACUUUUACAUCAUGAUGUUACCAAUCCUAUAUAUGUGGAAGUGGAUGAAAUUUACCAUUUAGCUUCACCAGCGUCACCUCAACAUUAUAUGCAUAAUCCUAUACGUACUAUUAAAGCAAACACAUUGGGUACUUUAAAUAUGUUAGGAUUAGCUCGUCGUACAAAUGCCAAAUUUUUAUUCGCUUCUACUUCAGAAAUUUACGGCGAUCCUGAAAGCUUGUUAUGA